AUGUCCACCGAGCUCAAUAAAGAAAGGAAGUGGUGUUCUAAUUCUGAAUUUGUACUAUCAAAAAUGUCAAAUUCAGAGAGUCAAUUUAAUUAUAUGUUGUCAAUUAAUGAUGAUGAAACCAUAAGUGCACUGGGCCUUGUGUGGCAGCCGAACCUAGAUGCUUUCAAGUUCAUUUUCAAACCCUGGUCUCAACCACUUCAACUGACCAAAAGAUCACUAUUGUCUGAUAUUAACCGCAUAUUUGACCCGGUAGGUUUUGUGUCACCUGUUCUCAUUCGAGGAAAAAUCUUUUUGCAGCAGUUGUGGGCCUUAAAAUUAGGUUGGGAUACGCCACUUCCACCAGAAAUGCAACAAAAAUGGAGUCAAUUCUAUGCAAGCCUCAAAUCAUUAGAACAAUUAGUUAUACCACGUCAUGUUCCCUUCAGCAAUAGUGAAUCAGUCCGUUUGCAUGGGUUCUGUGAUGCCUCACAAAAUGCUUACGGUGCAUGCAUUUACAUUCUGUCAACCACAACAGGGCAAAGUCAAUUGUAUUGUUCCAAAUCCAGAGUAGCCCCUCUAAAGGCAAGCACUAUCCCUCGAUUAGAACUAUGUAGUGCACUUCUUUUAGCCGAGUUGGUCAGCAUGGUAUCCAAAGAACUGGAGCGCAUCAGUAUUUCCUGUAAUGCUGAAAAUAUCACAUUGUGGACUGAUUCAUCUAUCGUGUUAGCAUGGAUCAAUAGUAACAAGCCAUUAAAGGCUUAUGUAUCAAACAGAGUGGCACAGAUCUUAGAUCUAACCAAUGCUACCCAGUGGCGUCAUGUGCCAACUGCUAGUAAUCCGGCAGACAAAAUUACUCGCGGCUGCCUAGCUGAAACUCUAACUGAAAACAGCUUAUGGUGGCAUGGACCAGCGUCUAAAUUUUAA